CCGAGUCCACCGUCCCUAUGGCCAAGACGGAGGCCUCCGACAGGACAGGCAGGCGGCCUCGGGAGUUGCCUCAAGGCGGCCGGCGAGGGGUAGGGCCCAGCCCUGGCCUGAGGGGGCAGCAGUGGUGGCCAUGGCCGAGCCAGCCCCGGGGCGGCACCAGACCCCGGCACAGGAGGGGAAAGGGCAGCCCCCACCGCUGCCACCAGUGUCUGGGGCAUGAGGGAGACUGCUUCUCCAGGCCAUCCUGAGGAGAAGGCCGUUCCAUCCGGAAACACAGGCCAUGUGGGGCUCCCAGGAGCUGCUCCUGCUCUGGUUCCUGGUGCUGGCAGCGGGUGGCACCGAGCACGUCUACCGGCCUGGCCGCAGGGUGUGUGUCAUCGGGGCUCCCAGGGGCCCCGUGUCCGAGUCCUUUGUGCAGCGUGUGUACCAGCCCUUCCUCACCACCUGCGAUGGGUACCGAGCCUGCAGCACCUACCGGACCCUCUACAGGACUGCCUACCGCCGCAGCCCUGGGCCAGCCCCCGCCCGGCCUCGCUAUGCCUGCUGCCCCGGCUGGAAGAGGACCAGCGGGCUGCCCGGGUCCUGUGCAGUAGCAAUAUGCCAGCCACCAUGCCAGAAUGGGGGGAGCUGUGUCCAGCCCGGCCGCUGUCACUGCCCUGCAGGAUGGCAGGGCGACACCUGCCAGACAGACGUGGAUGAGUGCAGGGCUGGAAGGGGCGGCUGUCCCCAGCGCUGUGUCAAUACCGCGGGCAGUUACUGGUGUCAGUGCCGAGAGGGGCACAGCCCAUCUGUGGACGGGGCACUCUGCCUGCCCGGGAGAGGGGCCCCCAGGGUGGCCCCGAACCCCGCGACAGGAGUGGGCAGUGAGGUGAAGGAGGAAAUGCAGAGGCUUCAGUCAAGGGUGGACGUGCUGGAGCAGGUUCUUGCAAGAAGGAGGUGUGACAGUCCGACCCAGGCCCCCGCUCUGGCCACCAAGAGUCCGAGGACACCGGCCCCACCCUGCCCUGCCCUGGGCCCUGCCCUGCCACCUCUCCCACCAGGAAGCCCCCCCCCCCCGCCCCGCGUGGGGAGGGGGCAGUGCGGGCCCUCCUGUGCGAAUCCAGCCCCAGCCCAGCCAGCACUCUGGCCUUGUGAGCAGAGCCCGGCCAGACCCCUGCGCCCCCGCAGCCGGCUCUGGGGGCCUGGUGGGCCCACGGCUGAGGAAGGUACGAGGGCUUCCUGCCCAGGGCCUGGCCCCUGUGCUGCUCACCAGGCAGCCCUGAUCAUCGUCAGAAUAAAAUAAGACUUGAG